CAUUUCUAUCCCGGCCAUGGAUUACUUUACCGUCUCCUGUCGAUACGACUACUCACAAUGCAUCCGUCAAAGUCAUGACUUGGAACCUGCUAGCCCAAUGUCUCGUCCAGAACUCUUCCCAACCAGUGAUAAGGCCCUCAAGGCUGGAGAACGUGAGCCAAUGAUACACAGCGAAAUUCUAUCGCACUCUGCCGACAUUCUCUGCACGCAGGAAGUUGACCGACUCGAAAGACUUGUGCCCAUGCUUGAGCGCGCUGGCUACUCUUCGACUUAUGCGUCUGGAGUGGGCAAGAAACACGGCUGCCUCAUUGCGUAUCGAGCAAGCCGAUUCGAAAAGGUUGCACACAAAGUCAUAGCAUAUGACAAACUAUCGGGGCGACAGAAUGACCAAGGCGACGUCAAGCUAGGCCUAUCUCGUAACACCAACAAUAUCGGCUCUAUAGUUGCAUUGCGAGACCUGAGCACAGACUCCGCUGGUUUUAUCGUCGCAACUACACAUCUGUUUUGGCAUCCAGCCUUUACAUAUGAACGCGUCAAACAAGCCGGGUUAUUGUUCCGAGAAGUGCUAGCCUUCCGGGAAUCAGGAGGGUACGCUCGAUGGCCCUGUAUAGUUGCUGGAGACUUCAACUUUGCACCGAAUGAUCCCGCCUACUCGCUUCUUACGGGUGAACCACUCUCCGACAAGCAACUGCGCAGCAUUCAGGCAUCACGCGUAGUUCACGUUUCUGUCGACUCCUCUGUUCCCAAAACACAGCCCAAGACCGAGGAGGAAGAAGGCGAAGGCGGCGGAGGUGAUCCAGACCGAGUUAUCAACAACUCCAGACUCGCUACGGCCGACGAUCACUUGCUUUCGGAUGAAGAACUCGCAGAUCUCUACGCAUUAGACACUAAGGUACGAAGCGCGUACGAGGAAGGUCAACGCGGGUAUCUACAAUCCCAAGGCAAUGCCGAGCAAGAGGCGUUAACUUGCUAUGGCCCCCGGGCCUCGAUCCCCCCUUCAAGAAACGGAGCUUACGAGCCUAUAUGGACGAGCUAUACCCACUACUGGAAAACAACGUUAGACUACAUCUUCUUUCUCGACGCCCUCGGCUCAAAAGCAAACGUAGCGGGAUACGUGUCUCCACACCGUACAGCCGAUGUCGAGGCUGGCCUCCCGAAGGCUGGCGUCUGUGGGAGCGACCAUUUUUCUCUCUGCUCAGAGUUUCAUUAUACAACAUAUUAAUAUAAAUCAGAGCUACCAGAACUAGC